AUGUCUGCUGCGCAGCUUCUCAACCCGAAAGCCGAGUCCAGGCGGAGGGGAGAGGCCUUACAAGUCAACAUCAGCGCUGGUGAAGGACUACAAAACGUGCUCAAGUCGAACUUGGGUCCUUUAGGGACUAUUAAGAUGCUUGUUGAUGGAGCUGGCGCGAUUAAACUUACGAAAGAUGGAAACGUUCUGUUACGGGAGAUGCAAAUCCAAAAUCCUACAGCUGUUAUGAUCGCAAGAGCUGCGACAGCCCAGGACGAUAUCUGCGGUGACGGCACAACCUCAGUGGUGUUGCUCGUUGGAGAAUUCUUGAAGCAGGCAGACAGAUAUAUUUCAGAGGGCUUACAUCCUAGAAUCAUCACCGAUGGCUACGAAAUUGCCAAGGUGGAGGCUUUGAAGUUCCUGGACACAUUCAAGAUGGAGAAAGAAGUUGACCGAGAGUUACUCAUAUCUGUUGCACGCACCUCCCUUUCUACGAAGCUCAACCACACCCUCGCCGAGAAACUCACGCCCGAUAUCGUCGAUGCUGUUCUCUCCAUCUACCAGGCACCCGCAAAACCCGACUUGCAUAUGAUCGAAAUCAUGAAGAUGCAACAUCGUACUGCUUCCGAGACUCAACUCAUCCGAGGAUUGGCUUUAGAUCAUGGAGCGAGACAUCCUGAUAUGCCGAAGAGGGUCGAGAAUGCCUUUAUUCUCGCCUUGAACGUCAGCUUAGAGUACGAAAAAACCGAAAUCAACUCGUCGUUCUACUAUUCGAGCGCAGAACAAAGAGACAAGCUUGUCGAGAGCGAACGUCGUUUCGUUGAUGAGAAGCUGCGAAAGAUUGUCGAGUUAAAGAAGGAGGUGUGCGGUAAUGAUCCCAAGAAGGGGUUUGUCAUCAUAAACCAGAAAGGAAUCGAUCCCUUGUCCCUGGAUGUUUUGGUCAAGAAUGGAAUCUUUGCGUUGAGACGGGCGAAGAGACGGAAUAUGGAGAGAUUACAGCUGAUCUGUGGCGGCACGGCACAAAACAGUGUUGAUGAUCUGUCUCCAGAGGUUCUUGGCUGGGCAGGAAAUGUCUACGAGCACGCACUUGGCGAGGAGAAAUUUACAUUCAUUGAGGACGUCAAAGAGCCAAAAUCGGUAACGCUCCUCAUCAAGGGACCAAAUCAGCACACCAUCACCCAGAUUUCGGAUGCGGUCCGAGAUGGUUUAAGAAGUGUCUACAACAUGAUUGUCGAUAAGAGUGUUGUACCAGGUGCUGGAGCCUUCCAGGUGGCGUGUGCAGCGCAUCUGAACAGCGAGGCUUUCCGCAAAACUGUCAAGGGCAAGGCGAAGUGGGGAGUUCAGGCGUUUUCUGAUGCACUGCUUAUCAUCCCAAAAACUCUAGCUGCAAAUGCUGGACAUGAUAUUCAAGACGCACUUGCUAGCCUUCAGGAUGAGCAAGCAGAGGGCAAUGUUGUCGGCCUAAAUCUCACGACUGGUGAGCCUAUGGAUCCAGUUUUAGAAGGUGUUUUCGACUCGUUCCGAGUAAUUAGAGCUGCCAUUGCCUCGAGUUCUGGCAUUGCAUCCAACCUGCUUCUAUGUGAUGAGAUGCUCAAGGCUAGACAGAUGGGUAGAGCAGCUGGACCGGGUCCUGGAAUGGACGAGUAG